AUGACAGCAGUUCUGGUGGAAGCGCGGCGAGGCUGCCGCACGCAGAAACGCUGGGAAUGGGUCGGAGAUGGCAGAAGCUGCUGGAGGAGGCCAGGAGGGGGGUACUCAGCAGAGCUUUGGGUAGGGGCAAAAGUGGGAUCCUCCUUCCCUUGCAAAUCAAAAGUUGCACUUUGGAUGAUCCGGAAGCACUUGGACGCCCUAGCGGCUGCAGUGCUUUCACAGGAAGUAGCUGAGGCGCCAUGGAAAGCGCCUGGCAAUCUCCGAGGCACUGCAAGGGCUCGGAUGUCUAGCCGGGUGCGUUGUGAAUCCCAGAUCGCUGAGACUUCUCCAAACGGCCCAGGUGUGGAUGGAACAGUCUCCAGAGACUCGCUGAUCACGUUCUUUAGUCUGCGGCAUCGGCCAAGCACGCCACCGUUCGGUUUCUCAAAGAUGGCUUCUCGAGAUGGCGCCUACCGCCGCAAUUACAAAAAGAGUUUCUCUUACUCCAAGAACUCUGAAACUGAGGAUCCAAGUAAAAAGGAGGACUCAAAGGUCCAAAAUAGGAGGGAUUGGCAUGAAGAACAAGGCCCUUCGAUGAUUCACCAGAGCAUCUCGGGGAGAGAAAUGGGGAGGUGUGCCCUUGGUGCAAAACCAAAAGUGGUAGACCGUCCUACCCCUGGCAUGCCGCCAGCCAGGAAUACAAUCUCUUACCCUCAGAAACAGUCAGCUCCCAGGAUGACUGGUUCUGUUGAGAAGAAAGUGGUUAUAACUCCUGACACAAUGCUCAGUGAAAAGCCACAUGGUAACCAAAGGGUGCUCUUUUGUGAAAAAUGCUCUUCGCCCCUCCAAAUUGUGAAUUGUAAUAACUGCAAGUCACCAACCCUAAAGUCUAAACAAAUGGUGGUGCUCGAGCAUCCUUCUUCAAGAAGCUAUUGGCAUGACAUCAAUGCACUUGCAACACUUAGAAUCUCUCAGGAAGAGCCAUUCUCAGAGAGUCCCCCAGUAGUUUCAACGCUUUUGACCCACCAGAAUGACUAUAGCGUUCAACAGCCUAAUUUGUACUAUAGCCCGUGGAAUGACUACACUAGCUCCUGGAUCAAGAGUGUCAGGAAUUCACACCUGGACUGUGGUGACAGCAGUAUCACUACUACAUUACAGGCUAAGAGGGGUAGCAGGAAUUUUGUGGGUGCUUAUUCCUACUCUGCAAUGCACUCCCAAAAUAUGCCCAGAAAGACAAAGAUGACAGAAAAUGCAUCCCAGAAUUCCAGAUCAUUUCAUUUCUCCGAAAGUUUAGAAGCAGAACUGAAGGAGAAAAACUAUCAAGAGGAGACACUGUCAUGGGCGAGUGGAGCACAUGAGUAUGGCUUCCAGCCGACUAGUCACUUGGAGCAGUCCAGCCCAGCAAAGGGUUUCAUUGAUUCCCACUGUCACUUGGACAUGACGUAUACCAAGCUGUCUUUCCAAGGGACCUUUGCCAAAUUCAGAAAAAUAUAUAAGUCCUUCCCUAAGGAAUUUCAAGGUUGCAUCACUGAUUUCUGUGAUCCUCGUACUCUAAAACAUGGCCUAUGGGAGGCGCUAUUGAAAGAAGAUCUGGUUUGGGGGGCCUUUGGCUGUCACCCUCAUUUUGCACGUUACUACAAUGACUAUCAAGAAAGAAAUAUCCUGCGUGCCUUACAGCACCCGAAGGCUGUGGCAUUUGGAGAAAUAGGCUUGGAUUACUCUCACAAGUGCAGCACACCUAUCCCGGAGCAGUUCAGGGUAUUUGAGAAACAACUGAAGCUGGCUGUAUCUCUCAAGCUACCACUGUUGAUCCACUGCCGCGACGCUGAUGAAGAUCUACUGGUCAUCAUGAAGAAACUAGUGCCCCCUGACUACAAGAUCCACAGGCAUUGCUUCACUGGCAGUUACCCAGUCAUUGAGCCCUUGCUGCAGCAUUUCCCCAACCUGUCGGUGGGCUUCACAGCAGUUAUCACUUACAGUUCCGCCUGGCAGGCCCGGGAUGCUGUGAAACAGAUCCCACUGGACAGAAUUCUCGUCGAAACUGAUGCUCCAUACUUUCUUCCUCAUCAGGUUCCCCGAAGUUUAUGCCAGUAUUCCCACCCAGGUCUGGCUCUGUAUACGGUGCGAGAGAUUGCCAGAAUCAAAGACCAGCCACUUUCCCAUGUCUUAACCACCCUGCAUGACAACACCAGUCGCCUCUACAAUAUUUAAUCCAACAGGACAGGCAGGGGUCUUCCCAUAAAGGGCAACCUGACUGCAAAACACACUGCAUUUGAACUCUGCUUGUGUCCCAGGUCAAGUAUGUGUUCAAAGUUCCAGGACAAGAUGUCUUCGUAAAAACCUCUUCAUAAGAUUUCUGCUUCUGGUAGG